CGCUCGGCGUGGAAUUUGGCGCCAGGCAGUUGAGGGUGAAAGUAAGCGCGCGGGAGAGUUGGACAGCUGUCUGUAGGUAUCAUUGUCAUUGCACCGGCGCGAAUACUAAGCAGGUCCGCAGAUCGGAACGGAAUGGCGAUGCCACAGCUAAGUGAAGGCGCUAUUGGGGGUAUCCUGCAAGGAGAUUCUGUCUCGAAACCAAUCCUGCAAGUCAUAAAUAUUCGUCCUAUUAAUACGGCAACCGGCCCCCCUCGUUACCGUCUGCUGAUGAGCGAUGGCGUAAAUACACUUUCCUCCUUCAUGUUGGCAACCCAGCUGAAUUCUCUGGUGGACAGUAAUCUCCUCGCUACCAACUGUGUCUGCCAGAUCUCCCGGUACAUUGUAAACAACCUGAAAGAUGGAAGACGAGUGAUCAUAGUGAUGGAGAUGGAAGUGCUGAAGUCUGCUGAUGAGGUUAUGGGGAAGAUUGGUAAUCCUCAACCAUACAAUGACGGGCAAGCUCAGCCCCAGCCAGCAGCCCCUGUCCAUACCCCUGCUCCUGCCCCACCGGCUAGCAAGCCAGUGACAAACUCCGCCCCUCUGGCUGCUAUGAACCGAUUUUCAAAACCAUUUGGAGGUGGGGGUUUAGUGAAUACACCUGGCGGAUCUCAGGGGAAGGUGGUACCGAUUGCCAGUCUCAAUCCAUACCAGUCAAAGUGGACAAUUCGUGCAAGAGUAACAAAUAAAAGUCAGAUCCGUACGUGGAGCAACUCCCGCGGGGAAGGGAAGCUGUUUUCUAUUGAGAUGGUGGAUGAGAGUGGAGAAAUCCGUGCUACUGCAUUCAACGAGCAAGUUGACAAGUUUUUCUCCCUCAUCGAAGUGAACAAGGUAUAUUACUUCUCAAAAGGCACUCUAAAGAUUGCCAACAAGCAGUACACAGCUGUAAAAAAUGACUACGAGAUGACAUUUAACAGCGAGACCAGCGUUAUCCCCUGUGAUGACGCCUCUGAUGUCCCUACGGUGCAGUUUGAGUUUGUUCCUAUUGCAGAUCUAGAGAGCAAGAAUAAGGACACUCUGCUAGAUGUCAUUGGAAUUUGUAAGAGCUUUGAUGAUGUCACCAAGGUGACUAUAAAAUCGAACAACAGAGAAGUAUCAAAAAGAACCAUUCAUCUCAUGGACUCCUCUGGCAAACUGGUUUCAACCACCCUGUGGGGAGAAGAUGCAGAUAAAUUUGAUGGUUCCAGGCAGCCUGUUGUGGCUAUCAAAGGAGCUCGGCUCUCAGACUUCGGAGGACGAUCCUUGUCUGUUUUAUCAUCAAGCACUGUGAUGCUGAAUCCAGAUAUACCUGAAGCAUUCAAACUCAGAGGAUGGUUCGACUCUGAGGGUCAGGGUUUAGAAGGCACAUCUAUUUCUGAGUCAAGAGGUGGAGGAGCGGUCGGUGGAAACACCAACUGGAAAUCUUUGCUGGAAGUGAAAAAUGAGAGCCUGGGCCACGGGGAAAAAGCCGAUUAUUUUACCAGCGUGGCUACAAUCGUGUAUCUCCGCAAGGAGAAUUGCCUGUAUCAGGCGUGCCCUUCGCAAGACUGCAAUAAGAAGGUGAUAGACCAGCAGAAUGGGCUGUUCCGUUGUGAGAAAUGUGACAAAGAGUUUCCAAACUUUAAAUAUCGCCUAAUCCUUUCAGCAAAUAUUGCAGACUUUGGGGAGAAUCAGUGGAUUACCUGUUUCCAAGAGUCUGCAGAAUCUAUUCUGGGCCAGAAUGCUGCAUACCUUGGAGAACUUAAAGAGAAGAAUGAACAGGCUUACGAGGAAGUUUUUCAAAAUGCAAACUUUCGUUCAUAUACCUUCAGGGUUCGGGUCAAGUUGGAGACUUACAAUGAUGAAUCUCGCAUCAAGGCCACUGCUAUGGAUGUGAAGCCCAUAGACCAUAAAGAAUACUCCAGACGGCUGAUCAUGAACAUAAGGAAACUAGCGGCCCAGGGAGUCUGAUUUGCAGUCUUCGACUACAGGAUAAGAUGUUACUGCGACAAAAGCCUCCGUGGAAGCGCAUUACUGCAAAUCUAAAGCACUCCGGAUUCUAUUUAGACUUAUCACAUUAAGAACGUGUUUGUUUGGAUCCACCUUUAAACUACACAGAACAUUUCAAUUUGACUUGGGUAAAAACAAUUGUUUGUCCCGUGUAAUGCAAAGUGAAAUAAAAAUGCAGAAAAGCACGGUGACAAAUGCAGACAAUUGUCUAUCAGUAUGGUUUAGGUAGAUGGGGGUUGCAAACGAGGUCUGCUUGUUAUGACAUCCGCACCCUUACCCAUGUGUAAAUAUGCUCUUCUAAUUAUAACCUUAAUCUUGACCUACUACGCUUCUUCAAGUUGAUAAUUCACAUAAAGGUUUAAUUACAUUCAAGCAGGACUUAAUUGGCAUCCAGAGAAGUAAUUGGUUGCUGCUGAGCAAACUGAUGCCCACCCACAACCUGUCUUAGCGCACCGAAAGGCUCCUUAAGCUCUUGGCAAAUUCAGGACACUUUCCUCCCAUGAAAACCCGCUAGUGCAUAUCUCUGCUGUGCGCCUCUGCUUGAAAUGGGUAGAUAUGCCAUACUGUUUGCAAACGCUUAGAAUGACAAUAUGGAAGAAUUAUUAAUCAAAGACCUAUCUUUUCUAUCUGAAGACUUUCCUUCGGGGUUUAAUAGACUGAGUCAGAUGGUCUUGAUAUUAAUCAAAAUUGUCUCUUCUGAGGAGCUCUGAUAAGCAUUGACUCUCUGGCCCCCGGGGAAAUCUGGCCAACUACAAAGCUUUGCUUUAUUUUUCAUUUAAAUUAAUAUUGUGCUUUCUCACUCCUCUCUUUUUUGACAGUGUGUAAUUGCCAAAGUUUGCAUUCCAUACAUUUACAGAUUUCUCAGUGUUCUAGCUGCUUUACAUGUGUGCUUUUUGAUUUGUAGUGUACCUUUUUCUUUCUUUCUCCCAUUUUUGUAAUGGAAUAAAGUAAAUGUAGAUAAUGCUA